UCGAUUAGAAACCCUAGAUUCUGCCCAAAUCCACAUCAAUCAGGAGCACGAGACAGUCCCCGUCAGAGGAGCUCGAACAAAUCUAAUAAUUCUGCUUCGACACCAACCGAAUCUCAGUUUAGUUUACACGAAAUCUGCACAAGGCGGAUGCAUUUGUACAUGGAAAUCUUACUUCAUAUCAUGACGCAGAUGCUUUGUUUAUGAUAGAUUUCGAGCGCAUGGACAAAAAUGAGCUUUGGAAUCAUACAUAGUGAUAUGUGUGCGGGGAGUGGGAGAAUUCAGGGUGGAGUUUUGGGUAUUUAUAUAUACUGAGAGGUUGUUGCACACACUCAGAAGAGCUUGCAUCUGCAAAAAAAAUUUAGGCAGCAUGAGGAAACCAAAUUUUAAUUCAAAUAUUUUUUUAGCUUUGGAGCUCAUGAGCAUGGAGCUUGUGGAGCGCCGCUCAACUCAAGGAUUGCUCUUUCAGUUUGCUCUGGAAUCAUACAUAGGGAUGUGUUUUUGGGGAGGGGGAGUUCAGGGUGGUGUUAUGGGUAUUAAUAUCUACUGGCAUGUUCACACACUCAGAAGAGCUUUUCAUCUGUAAAAAUAUUAGGCAGGAUGAGGAAACCAAAUUUUAAUUCAAAUGUUUUAGCUUUGGAGCAUAUGAGCAUGGAGCUUGUGGAGCGCUGCUCAACUCAAGGAUUGCUCUUUCGGUUUGCUUUAGAGUUUUUCAGAAUUUGCUUUGAACUGAUAUUAUCAAGCCAAAUACAAAAUGAUAAAAUUGAUUGUACAAAUAUAUUAGUUUUUUUUUUGUUUUUUUGUUUUUACUCAAGAGUUCUUACUUUAAGAUGUUAAUUUGUUUUAUGAUUUAAUUUCUAUAUUCAGUGCUGCUGCGAACACAAUUACCGAUUUCCCCCCAUAGUCUACGAUGAGUGGUCGAUUUUCUCGCACAAUCUAUGUGGGAAACCUUCCUGCAGAUAUCAAAGAACGGGAAGUUGAAGAUUUGUUCUAUAAGUAUGGGCGAAUUCUGGAUAUUGAAUUGAAGAUUCCCCCUCGCCCACCAUGCUAUUGUUUUGUUGAGUUUGAGAAUGCUCUAGAUGCAGAAGAUGCUAUCAGGGGCCGAGAUGGCUACAACUUUGAUGGCUGUAGAUUGAGGGUUGAGCUUGCUCAUGGUGGUAGAGGUCCACCAUCUUCAAGUGAUCGUCGUGGUGGUGGUGGCUAUGGUGGUGGUGGUGGUGGGGGUGGGGGUGGUGGCGGAGGUGGAGGGCGUUAUGGCGUUUCUCGUCAUUCUGAGUAUCGGGUUAUUGUGCGUGGUCUUCCGGAUUCUGCUUCCUGGCAAGAUUUGAAAGACCACAUGCGAAAAGCUGGUGAUGUGUGUUUUGCUGAAGUUACCAAUGACAGUGAAGGAACCUUUGGCCUGGUUGAUUAUACAAAUUAUGAGGAUAUGAAAUAUGCUAUUCGGAAACUUGAUGAUAGUGAGUUCAAAAAUCCUUGGACCAGGACUUAUAUCCGGGUGAGAGAAUACAAGCGUGGUUCAUCAAGAAGCCGAAGCCGAAGCAGGAGUCCUAGGCGGAAGAGGAGCAAAUCAGCAGACAGAUCUAGGUCAAGAUCGCCACGUCCACGGUCAAGAUCUGCAUCACCGAUCAAGUCAUCACGACCUAUUUCUAGGUCAAGGUCGAGGUCAAGAUCAGGAUCAAGGCCAAGAUCAGGGUCAGCAUCUCCCCAUCAGGCCCGCGCCAACAGUGGCUAACUCUGUCAAGUACGCACGUCAAUCUACCUCUAGGCUGCUUCGGUGUGGGAAGGACUGCAAACCUCCCAUACUCGGUUUGUCUAGGGCUUAAUCAUAAACUAGUUCUUUAAUAUUCGUUUAAAGCAAAACUCCAUAAACCGGGUAUUUCUAGAUCCUUUGUCCACUGUCUGCAGGUGAACUUAUUUAGUACCUGUUUGUACGUUCAGCAAUCCUUGCUGUUUACUGUGCGGUUGUCGUGUUUGACUGAGUGUUAUCAUUUUCACGUGUUUUGUUUAAAGAAUACCCAUUGAGAACAAAAAUCUUGUUUGAACUAGCGUUGUCGAUAACCCAGCGAUUUAGGGUAGGGUAGUUGGUAUGCGGGUUUACUCUCGCAGUGGUAAGAGUAUCUGAUGUUAUAUGUGAAAGUGAAACCAUUGUUACCUCCAUUAGAAGCUCUUACAGGUUUUGUGGAUACAAUUCUUUCAUGGUGUUGUUGAGUGGGUCCUACGUGAUCUGAGGUAAAAUUUUGAAUGGUUACAAUUUCUUGGGCUGCCUGUAUGAAAAAGACAAGCAAGUAGUGCUCAACUGUUUUGUCAA